UUUUUUGUUGAUAAACACUGACCUUGUCGGGACCAGUGGACCUCGUGGGGACCAAACCCCGGUCCAGCUGAGGCAAAACUUAACUUCUCAGGAUGGAGGCCCUGUUAAACGAGUGGCUGUGGCAGGAGAAGUACUGGCUUCCUCCUGGUAUCCGCUGGCGGGACAUUAAGAUGAAGGAGGAAGACGGACGCUUUCCUCUACCCAGGGAUCUCAUCUACACCUUGCCUCUGGCCCUCGCCUUCAUAGCCCUCAGAUAUGUCUUUGAGAGGCUCGUCGCCGUCCCGUUCAGCAGAGUUUUAGACGUGAAGGAUCAGAUUCGGAUCCGAGCCGCUUCCAUCCCAAAGCUGGAGACCUUCUACAAACAGAACAGUCGGCAGCCAUCGCAAAGUGAGCUGCUGAGUCUGGGGAAGCAGUGUGGCCUCUCUCAGAGAAAAAUACAGACGUGGUUCAAACACAGACGGAACCAGGAUCGACCCAGCAACACCAAAAAGUUCUGCGAGGCCUCUUGGCGGUUCGUCUUCUACCUGGUUGCAUUCACCGCUGGGCUCGCCUCUUUAAUUAAUAGUGCGUGGCUGUGGGAUCACAGAGAGUGUUGGAGGGGAUAUCCCAAACAGCCCGUGGCCGAGGCUCAUUACUGGUAUUACAUCCUGGAAAUGGGUUUUUAUUUGUCGCUGCUGAUGUGCGUCUCUGUGGACGUCAAGCGAAAAGAUUUCAAGGAGCAGGUCAUUCAUCACAUCGCCACCAUAUUCCUCAUUGGUUUCUCCUACUGUGCCAACUAUGUGAGGGUUGGCACUCUGGUGAUGCUGGUGCACGACUCCUCUGACUUCCUGCUCGAGUCUGCUAAGAUGUUUCACUAUGCCGGUUGGACGAGGACGUGUGACUCUCUGUUUGUCGUCUUCGCUCUCGUCUUCCUUGUCACGAGGCUGGUGGUGUUUCCUAGCAGAGUGGUCCACACAACCCUGGUGGUGUCUUCAGAAUUCUUCCAGCCCUUCUUCGGUUAUUAUUUCUUCAAUGCUCUGCUGUUAGUGCUGCAAGCCCUGCACGUCUUCUGGGCGUAUCUCAUCCUGCGCAUGGUCUAUAAGUUUGUGUUCUCCGGCAAGGUGGAGCGAGAUGUACGCAGCGAUGAAGAGAGCGAAGUGGAGGAUGAAGAGGAGGAGCCUGAGGAAGAGGGAGACGAAUGCAGCUGGGAGCAAAGGAAGGGUGCCAUCAACUCCAAACUGGCAUCACUGGCGAACAACUGUGUCCUGAACAACCUGACCCACCAGAGGAAUAUAAACAGCAGACUGCCUAAAGCCAGAUAGUGGAGAACCCCCCCUCCUCCUCGUCCACCAAACCUCACUGGAUAAACAGUUGUUUCACCCAUCGCUGAUUGGAAAUGAACUUGUUUGUGAUGUAUGAUACACACACGUGGCUUGUGAACACAUAACAAGGUCCAUUGAAGAUUUCAGGUCAGGGUAGGUCUGCAUCCUAUUUAUCUUAAAAAAAUAAAGAGGGCAAAGAAGCACCGAUGAUUGUAAAUCUUAGGAAGACACCCCAUCAUGUCUCUCACCCUGACUAUUUUAAAUUGGCAAGACAAGGAGAGAGUAAAAAUGUAUUUUACGUCUACUCAUAAGUGUUGUUUUUCCAGAUUUUGUAUUUAGGUUGUUUGUUUUCAUUGAAGGAAAUCAACUUGUUUGUAAAUACCUAAGUGUAGAAACUCUGAUUCAUUUAUCCUUUCUUUGUUCAACAAGAGAAACUGAAUAUUUUAUACUAAAUGCAGCUGUUAUCUAAUAUGUGUUAUAAUGUGUUUUAAAUUAAAGCUAGAAUGAGGUAGUAAUGCACUCUCCCAGCUUUCACAUGCACAUUAUGGUUGAUUGUACUGAGGCUGUUAAAAACAUUGAUUGUAGUAAAAGUCGACAAACCACUUAAUAGAAUAUUUUUAUGAACCAUUUACCCAACAGAUUUUUAUUUUGUUUUAAUCUGUGGCGGAAUCCAUAAAAGUUCUUUAGGAAUAAAAAAAAAAUAUUUGUAAUGGCAUGGUUUGACUUGCUCUGUGGAUUUAGCCUGUUAUGUUGAAGAUAGAUUUUAGAAGAGAUGUGGCGCCCCCUUUUGCACAAAGAAGAACAUAUCUUAGUAGAGACGGCACUCCCCCAUGUCUCAAAAUGAUGCCUUUGGGAAAAAGUACUUAAAUCAGGUGUAUUGUGUGUGUGUGUGUGUGCGUGUGUGUGUGUGUGUGUGGCACCAUGAAUUCUCAAAGAUGCCUUGGCUGCUGUUUUUACACUGUUCUGUGACGAGCACUCGAUAUAUGACGCUCUGUGUGUUGGUAGGAUUACGUUUACUGGACAAACACAUGGACCAGGCCUUACUGUGACUGGUUUCAAUGUCACUGAGCUGGUGGUGACACCUGGUUAAGCCAUGAUAAAGACUAUAUGGGCAUUAGAAAGACAUGAGGGAAAUGUUAGAUAUUUUAGGUGGUGAAGUUGUCUCCAAAGGUCAAAUAGUCAAAGUCUCAGAUGAAGGAAAGCUUUGUUCAAAUGUAAAGAUUUUGUUGUUUUUAUGAAAGCUUGUUUUGAUACGACUAGACAGACACUAACACUAUACUGGAAACGGGGGAUUGCUUGGUUUUACUUAUCCAACACACUGGAACAACGAGCUGACAUCAGUCAUGUUAUAUAAUAUGUAUGUAAUGUUGUUUGGCUCCAGGUUAUCAAUUCACUGCUCUGCUCGUACACAGUUUGUCAUCCACUACCAAAAACUAAACUGGUACAGGAACUUAAAGGGCUGAUCCACUGAAUGACACACCUGUGAUGCCACAAAGAUACUAAUAUUUAUUACAGAGAGAAAUAUAAAGUGCAUAACCAGAAAAUGUGAGGAGAUAUGUCAUGUUUCCAUCUUUUGAGUUACAUUUGACUGUUCUCUUAUGAGUGUACAAGGAUGCUCUAUUGAUCUGUGGAAAGUUUUAAUAAAUUAUAUUGAAGAAA